UAUACAGCAGCAGCGCAAACGAAUACCCUAUACUGACUAUUACAGAUUCCAUAUUGUGUAAAGGCUAACAGAGCUGGGUAAAUUAAGAACGGACCACCAGGUGAUGACACAAGGUGUUAGCAAAAGGGUUGGCCGCUCGUGACCUAGAUGGAAGCUACCCUGUAAACAGUGUUGGGAUGUCAUCCUGACAACGGGACCGUGAGUCACAUGCAUGUGUAGGAGGAAAAGUAGUGAGUGUGACGUGUUGACACUUUACUCAACAUUGAUCAAAGCCCUGCGUCUCACUAUAUUCCUGCAUAGAACACUUCUCCUGAAGUCCCUCUACCCAGACCAGGGCUGAUGCAUCGUCAUGGCUGACCGCAUGUGACCCAGAUGGAAGAUACCCUGCAAGCUCUGUUGGGACCCAACCUUACAACGGGUCAGUGAGUCACAUGCGUGCAUAGGAGGAGAAUGUAGUGAGUGCGAGCUGUUGAUAUUUCACUCAACUCUUUUCCAAUAUACAGCAGGAUAAAACCGGUAUCUCUGUGCCUGGCUACAUACCUGCCCACAACAUGUAUCUAAUUUAAUCCCUUCUGAAAAGGAUGUACCUGAAUAUGAGCAAAUGUGACAUGGAUAACGGAUGUGAAAGCUGAACACAUUGUUCACAUAUACGUGAUAUGUGUCGUUUAACAAUCUUAUUAAACGUCUGUGACAAUCUGUUGUGUGUUACUGGCGUUGUUAUCGACUGUAGUCCCCUAUCAUGGCUCCAAAAGAUAAAUUUAGAUACAUUUACUCAUACACGACACAGUGGAUAUUCAGUGAGCGUGACCUUUAACACAGUUUGACUGCGUAUUUCACUUCCUGGUUGCUCAACAUGGCGGGUGUCAGGAUAUUCGUUGUAGUGGUCUUGCUUCAAUGGAUACAGUUGACAUCGGGUUCCUGUCAGGCAGGAAAGUUUGGAGAGUCCUGUAGCUACUCCUGUCACUGCGGGACAUCAUGUGACAAGACUACAGGUGCCUGUUCUGGUUCUUGUGAUAGGGGGUGGACAAAGGAAGGAGGUCUUUGCCAGACAAGAAACAUUGCACUGAGCAAGACAACAUCAACAACACCUGAAGCGUACGUAGGGUGGCCCGCAUCAAAUGCUGUGGAUGGAGACAGUGACACUGGUGGUGAGGGAAGAACCUGUUUCCACGCUGGUGGAUCUCCGUCAGACUGGACAGUGGAUCUUGGCCGGGACUUCCAGCUGUAUGACAUCAGGAUCUACAGUAGAGGUGGAUACUACGGGAGAAAUGUCAACUCCAACAUCUAUCUGAACAACGACGCCUCCGCCAUCUGCUCCACCCUCCCGACUUCAUCCACCAACCCAACUGACGUGACGUGUAACGGUACCGGCAGAUACGUCACCAUCUGGAACCCGGGGACAGGAGGACAUGAUGGGUGUGCUAGUGCACUGAACAUUUGUGAGGGGGAGAUCUAUGCUUGCAGCCCGGGUAUCUAUGGAGUGAACUGCAAUGUGUUCUGUCACUGCCUGGAUUCAACCUGUGAUCGCUUGACUGGAUUGUGUCCUGGAAACUGUACACCAGGGUGGCAGGGAGAGAGAUGUGAUACAGCUUGCUAUGGUACUAACUGCAACAAAACAUGUGCUGGGCGGAAGUGUUCAUCUCCAAACUCGUCAUGCGACCGUCACACUGGAGCAUGUGACACAGAUUGUCUUCCUGGUUGGAUAGAGGUUGACUGCACACAAGGAUGUUCCAGGGGAAAUUACGGCGCAAACUGUACUAGUCUUUGCUCUGAGAGAAACUGUCCGGGAAAUUCAUCAUGUGAUCAUGUGACUGGGUCAUGUGAUUCUGGAUGUAAAGCUGGAUGGAUGGGUGCUGAUUGUAAAGAAGCGGAAGACAUCGGUAUGUACAUGAAUGUCGGAUUUGAUAACAACGAGAACACAUCAACUACACAAAUACAGGUUAGUAAGCAGAAUAAAUAUCAAGGCGAUUCAGAUAAGGCAGCUGCUUCUACGACUGGAACCAAGGAUACGGGUAAAGGCGGAACAGGUGACCUUGACCUCCAGAAAGUGGAGGAAGAAGAGGACUAUGACGUGUCUGACCAGCCUGAAGAUGUUAAGGACACACCAGAGGUCCCUGACAGAAACUACUACAACCUGGACGACAAUGGACGGACUCACGUGAUUCCUGUGUCAGAAUUACAGACAAAGGUGGAAGAAAUGACUCCAGCCAGUGCAGAAGAAGAAUUUAAGAGACUUCCUGAUGGUUAUGUUCACUCCUAUGCUGAAUCUCAACAACCUAAAAACAAAGGAAAGAACAGGUUCAGAGGCUAUUACCCAUAUGAUUACAACCGCGUGGUGUUGCACGGCGUCAGUGAAGACAAAGACAAAGACUACAUCAACGCCAGCUACCUCGAUGGAUAUAAAGCAGAAAAGCGUUAUAUACCAGCACAAGGUCCCUACCGACCGGAAGUAGUGGUGGAUUUCUGGAGAAUGAUCUAUCAGGAGCAAUCUACAACAAUUGUCAUGGUGACGGGGACUUGUAGAGGCGGGGAAGGUAAUAUACAUAUGAAGUGUCUUCAGUACUGGCCAGAGAACGGAACAUCCAUUUACGGCGACAUUUCAGUUACCAAGGAGACAGAAACUCAACUUGCAAACUACAGUCACAAAACUGUCUGUUCACAAGAAGGAAAGAUACAUCACGUUCACCACUUUCACUUCACAAGUUGGCCUGACCAUGGUGUACCAGACACUUUCGCCUUGCUUGAGUUUAUGUGGAGGGUCAAGGUCACCACGAGACAUAAGACACAACCUAUCAUAGUCCACUGCAGUGCGGGUAUAGGUCGGACAGGGACGUACAUUGCUAUAGAGAGUCUCGUGGAUCAGGCAGCGGCAGAAGGCUGUGUGGACGUCGUCAGCUUCGUCUCCAACAUGAGAGGCCAAAGGAAAAACAUGAUACAGACCAAAGAGCAGUACCUGUUCCUGUAUCAGGCCGUAGCUAUGGCGGUGGCAGAGGGGGACACCUCACUGGAUGGUGACGCCAUCAGACAGAUAGAUCCCAGUCAUCUGUCUUCCGUUACCAUGGGCAAAAAGGAACGUGCAGGAACACCUGGAGGCUUUGGAAAAUACACCCGAACGUUCCUGCCGGUCAGGAAUGUUUGGAGACUCCUGUAGCUACUCCUGUCACUGUGCAUCUUGUAACGAGACAACAGGUGCCUGUUCAGAUGGCUGCGAGUCUGGAUGGAUUAAGGGGGAAGCAUGUGCCAGAAGCAAAACAUUGCACUGAACAAGACAACAUCAACAACAUCUGGAGUGGUUGAAGGUUGGUCCCCAUCAAACGCCAGUGGAUGGAGACAAUGACAUUGAUGGUGAGAACAGAACAUGUUUCCACGCUGCUACAUCUCCGUCAGACUGGACAGUGGAUCUGGGCCGGGACUUCCAGCUGUAUGACAUCAGGAUCUACAGUAGAAGUGGAUGUAGGUAUCCUAAGCGUCAGCAUAUUUUGUGUU